AUGUCGCGUUGCGUUAGUUCCACAAUAGCUAAAACGCGAACACUGCAAUUCUUUGGUGUGACUUCUUUCAGGGUCGCUCCCAUUUGCUUGAACCCGGGACAUAAGCUUCGUCAACAAAUCGCGUUUUAUGCCUCCGAAGCCUCUAACGAGAAAGUUCCACUUUCGCAACCGCAUUCAAAACAAACUUCAGAUAACAAAGUUAACGCACGAAUAUCCAGCAUUGUCGACCAAAUUGCUUCUUUGACUUUACUUGAAACGUCUGAACUUGUCCAAGAAUUAAAGACUCGUCUGAAUAUUCAAGACGUGGCUUUACCCGUAACGAACGUUACAGUUGCUGCAGAAACAGCACCUAUUGUUGCCGAGGAAGAAAAAGCACCCGAAAAAACGGAAUUUACCGUAAAGUUGGAAAAAUAUGAAGCAUCUGCCAAGACGAAGAUCAUUAGAGAAAUUAAAAACAUUUUACCAGGAAUGAAUCUCGUUGAAGCCAAGAAAUUUGUUGAAAGUGCGCCGAAAGUUAUCAAAGAACAUGUUGGCAAAGACGAAGCUGAGAAGAUCAAAAAAACUUUAGAGGGAUUUGGGGCAACCAUCAUUAUGGAAUGA